UCUGCCAAAAUGGCGACUGUUGCAUUACUCGGAACCUGCGACACUAAGCUCGAUGAGCUCCUCUUCCUCCGUGAUCAGAUAAAGCAAAAUGGGGAUGUGGACAUUCUCAUGAUCGACGUCGGAAGAUCAAAUGUGCAACACGAUGCGAUCAACAUCACCCAGGAGCAGCUCGUGUGCGAUAACGGCCGCCGGAACCACGGCGAUAGCCAGGUGCCGAUGCCGCGCGGCGAAACUAUCCGGCUCAUGAGCGACUGCGCGUCAGUACUGGUCAAAAGUCUAUAUGAAAAGGGGGAGAUACAGGGCAUCAUCGCGGCGGGAGGCUCAGGGGGGACCGCACUCGCGGCUCCUGUUAUGCGAAACGCCUUGCCCAUUGGCUUCCCCAAGAUGAUCGUCUCAACCAUCGCCAGUGGGGAUACGGGCCCAAUUGUGGGCGAGACGGAUAUCACGAUGAUGCACUCGGUGGUUGAUGUCGCAGGACUAAACCAUGUUCUGAGGGAUGUUUUGGGCAAUGCUGGGGCGGCCAUCGCGGGUGCGGCGCUGGCGUAUGCGAGUCGACAUAGACAAAAUAUGUUUGAGGCCAGUAGCCGGAUGUUUACCACCAAGAAGCGCGUCGCUAUCACCAUGUUUGGCGUCACCACACCGGGGGUUGACGCGGUACGCCAUCAUCUCGAGAGCAACUACGAUAUAGAGACGUACAUAUUCCACGCGACUGGACAUGGGGGUAAAGCAAUGGAGCGCCUGAUUCGCGAUGAGAUUAUCGAUGCCGUGCUCGAUCUGACAACGACAGAGAUCUGCGAUUUCAUCACAGGCGGUACUAUGCCUGCCAACUCGAAUCGUCUCGUGGCGGCGGUCGACGCUGAAAUCCCCAAUAUCAUCUCGCUGGGCGCUACCGACAUGUCCAAUUUUGGUCCCAUGGAUACGGUGCCGGCGACAUACAAGAACCGAAAGCUCUACGAACACAAUCCUGUGAUUACACUCAUGCGCUCUUCCGAGGACGAAUGCAGACAGAUCGGGGAGUUCAUUUGUGCCAGGCUACGGAACGCGACAGCUCCUGAGAUGGUGGAAGUGUGGAUACCGAUGGGCGGCGUGAGCAUGAUUUCUACGUCCGGUGGGCCGUUUGAGGAUGAUAAAGCCGACGCGGUGCUCUUCGAGACGAUCCGCGAAGGCCUGCGGGGGACUGGUAUCAAGGUCGUUGAUGAUAAUAGAGAUGUAAACAACCAGGGGUUUGCUCGCGAUAUUGCUGAGGCUUUGGUGAAAAAAAUGGGGAUGAGAACGGAAGGAUAA